AUGUCUCUUCCCACUCCCUCAUACCUGAUGUGCGUUGGUCCCAACUACUACACCAACCUCAUCACCGGUCAAACGGCGAUGCUGUACCCUCACGAUGUGCAGCAAGCAUACCUGCAAGAGCAGGCUCAGAUGCAGCAACAUCGGCAAUUCGCCAUGAGCAAUGGCUACUUCUUCGCUCCUCAAGCCCAAGCACAACCACAGGGUGCUUUCAACUUUGCGCCGCAGGGCUUCGGCAAUCCCUGGCAGGGCACAGCAGGCCCUCAAGCUCACUAUGGUGGCUACAAUGCCCCAUAUGUGCCGGUACAGCAGGCAAUGGCCACCCCUGCUGUUGUCCCCGUCCCUGCUCGGGCUGCUAUCCCUGCCCCCGCUCCUGCUCCGGCUCCUUCCUCUGCCCUGGCCCCUGCCCAGGUUCAUUCUCCUCCCCGGACUCCGGUUUCUCCCCCUCCUCAAGCCCCCGCCUCUUCCCCUCUCCCAGCCCCUACUUCUGAAGAUGUGGUCGACCUCACCCAAGAGACAUCGGCUGAAGAACCUGUGGUUGCACCAGCAACCAAGGUGAAGGCUAGUUCUUCCUUUUGGAAGAAGGGUGAGGCCAAUCUGAAGUUACGCCUCAAUACCCAGGGUGGUAGCAAUCUCUUGCGCCUCUUCGACUCCAUGUCGAAUUUGGGCCCUUCACAGGGCAAGUACAGGUAUUGUGAAGCCCAUUGGCCCACCGAAGAAGCCGCAUAUGAAGAUAUCACUGAGAUGUCAACAUAUUUCAUUGACGCUCAAGAGAUGCUUAUGUACGCUCUGAAGUGGGAUGGGUUUGCCGGGUUCUGUUCUCUCGAGAACCCGAGCGACGAGGAUCUUGUGGAGCGGGAGAGACAGGCUGCGGAAAUCGCUGCCGAAAAGCGCUGUCUGCGUAUGGACUUGCCAGAGAAGGUAAAACAAAAGAAGGCGAGGGAAGAGCACGGCCAGUGGAUAAACUGGGUGGACAACCUGCCGCGACGCAAGUUCAAGGAGGUCUUCAAGUUGCCAAGAACACCGAACAACAUCGCCGAGGUGAAGAGGGAAAGGGCGGAAGAGAUAGAACGGGAGAUUGCAGAGAGGGUAGCUCUGCUCGCAAGGGAGAGGGCCAGAAACGCCGAAAGCUUGGUCAAAAGAUCGAGCAAGAAGAGGAAGGCCAAGAGCUUGGUCGAAGAACCAAGCAAGAAGUCCAAGUCUGCGGAUCUGUCCUCCUCAGGCAGCGACAUUGAUGCAGAGGGAGAGACUGAUGACGAGUCUCAAACUCUUCCGGAAGCAUCAUCAUUGCCCGAGGAGUCAAUGGACAUGCCGAUGUGUGCCUUGAACAGUCCCCCUUCUCUUCCGGCCUCCCCUCUCCUCCGACCAACAUCUCCACGGGAAGAAAAUACUGUGGUGAUUACGGAGGAGCAGGUCGCGGACUCGUCUGUGACUAGUGAUGAGGCACCAUCGAUGUCUGAGGUCGAUGAUACGGCAUCUUUGUUCGAGGACGAUGAUACGGCAUCGUUGUUCGAGGACGAUGACAUGGCAUCGUUGUUCGGGGACAAUGAUGAGGAAGAGGAACAAGUGAUGCUCAUAGAGCUAGAUUCUUUCGACGAUCUCCCCCCUGAACUGGCCUCGUAUCUUUCAGAAGAAAAUACCGUGGUGAAUACCGAGGAGCAGGUCACAGCCCCAAAGUACUCUCUUGGAGCAGGUCACAGCUCCCCCUCUACCGGAGCAGGUCACAGCUCACCUCAUCGCGCCACCAAUCCCUCUGAACAGGUCACAGUCCAGACAGGACUGGCUCUCUCGACAUCGCCACGGGAAGAAAAUACCGUGGUGAUUGCCCAAGAGCAGGUCACAGCUCUUCCUUCCCCGGAACAGGUCAUAUAUCCCUCUAUGUUCGAGGAGAUCGAUGCCUUCCUUGCGCAGCCGGCCAGAGAUUCCAUUCUCGCAGACUUCUACGCACCACACCUGCAAGGAGAUAAUACUAUCUCUGUGAACAGAAUCUCCGAUACCCUCCUCAAUAGCGCCUUCGGACUAUAA